GGUCACAAAAAAUAUCAUUAUAGAGAACUUCGCAAUACAUUAACAGUCGUUUAUAACCGAACCACGUAUUUUUAAUCAUGCUAUCCUUAAAAACAACAUUGGUUUUGGUCUUUUGGGUAACUUUGUCCUGCAGUAGAGCCAGCCGACUUCCAGACCCUGGAAAUGUAGGUAUCGUGGGCGGUCACAGCAUCUCCAUAGAGAAAGUGCCCUUCAUGGUAUCACUAAGGUUACGGAAUGGCACAUUCCAUUGGUGCGGGGGAUCCAUCAUACACGCCCAGUUUAUAUUAACUGCUGCACAUUGUAUAAUGCCGAACCAAACCUACACAGUGGUUGUCGGCACCGACCACCUUGAAAAAGGGGGAACCCUUUACAACGUCUCCAAAAUAAUCACCCACGAAGAAUACUCCACCAAAACCUAUGACUUUGAUAUCUGUCUCAUGAAGCUCAGUACGCCUAUAUCGUUUGGACCGAAAGUAGCUAAGAUUGCUUUGCCCGGUGAAAAUCUUCAUGUGAAAAGGAAUACUAUUCUCUCCGUCACUGGUUGGGGAAGCACCGGGGUGAACAGCACAGUUUCCAACGACCUCUUGCAAGUGUCCAUAUCGCUGGUGUCGAAUAAAUCCUGUCGGAGAACUUACGCCAGGUACCUUCGAUGGAUCAGCCCGAGGAUGCUCUGCGCUGGGGGGAACGGCAGAGAUUCUUGUCAGGGUGACAGUGGGGGCCCGUUAACAAUGGGAGAAGUACUGGUGGGAGUGACGUCAUUCGGCAGAACGUGUGGAAUCGAGCCUGGAGUAUACUCCAAGGUUACAACCUUCCUGCCUUGGAUCCAACAUCACAUUACACAGAACCUCUGAAUUAUUAAUCGAAAACAAUUUUUAUAUCACUUCAUCAAACCUGUUCCAAAAUGUUAAGCAUUUCUAGACUCAUAUGUAAUUAUAAAUAGGUACUAAAUAAAUAUUUACCUAAGUAA